AUGCCCUCUGCCCAACCGGACAUUUCCAAAAUCUGGGUCAACUACCUGCGCAACUCACGCCAGUUCAGCUGCGCUAUUUGUCAGGUAGACGUUAAGCCGCCCACGCUCGAUGGAUUUAAGCAACAUUUCCGACAUAAAAAUAACGUCGAAAAGCACCCCACGGAGGAGGAAGCCAUUCUAGACGCCUUCCAGCGGAUGAAGCUCACCUCAUCUAAAUCUCAGUACCUAUACCAAAGAUCCCAGUCUACAGAACAAGACCAGAAUAAAGGAUCAAAGAAAAGAUCUACCUUAGAUCAGCUUGAUGAUCAACAAGAUUCAGAGCAUACUAGUGUUUUCAAUGCCAAGGAGAGCUCAGAUAAGAAGAGUCGCAAUAAAAAGAUUUACUCUCCUCCACCAUCAACGCCUAUUAGGCGAGGGCAAGGCAGGCAGCAAGUCGACGGCAACAAAGAGUUUAAUCGCAUACCCAAAGGUUUAAGUAUACGUCAGCUCUGGAGCCCGGGCAACAGAGGUCCUCAAGAACCUUCACCUCUCAAGACGGAACCCGGCCCAGUGGCUGAGGCUGAGGCAGAUGAUUCUUUUACCGAGGAUCCUUCGGUGUCUCGGCUGAUCCGGCAACUCGAAACCAAGCUGAUAUCUCAUGGACAACUUAUUACUAAGGUAGAAGAGAUGUACCGCAUACCAGCUAUACUAGUGAGCAAGUGUAUUGAAGUUUAUAAUGCUCAAUCAGCCAACAGAGACUUAUCUCAGCAGCUUAGUAACGAGCAGCGGCAGGCACUUAUCGCCCUGCAGAGCAAAGAAUCUGAGUUGCUUGCCGCUGUAGUCAAACGCAUUAACGAUUUGACUGUCUCGAUAAAGCGCAAACAUACUAAAGAUUUCUCGUCUGGGGAGAAAGAAUUCUACGUGGGCGGAAGUGUGAACGGGACAGUUGUGGAGGCUCUUCCAGAUACUGGGGCAGAAGCGUGUUUCAUAUCGCCACAACUAACCUCUCGUCUUGGCCUUCGUCCCAUUGCCGGGCCACCAAAAUGGAUAACACUUGCCAACAAAAAGACUGUUAAAUCUCCUGGACUGGUAACAGUGCCAUGGAAGUUUAGCAAGGAACAGAUCACGCAUACGAUAAACUGUUGGAUCCUUCCAGGAUGUGUCAGUGAUUUGGUCCUAGGAAACGAUUUCUUAAAAGCGACAAACGCUCUGAAAAAGGUCUGCCAUCGCAUCAAAUUCAAGGUUUUGGGGGCUUCUAAGCGACUUUCAUUGAGCUACCUGGGAAAUGAGAAGCAACGUUUGCGGGGGUAUUUGAACGGCCAUUUAACAGCUGCCCUGCCCGACACAGGAUCUGAUGCCAUGCUUAUCAACGGAGCAUAUGCCCGAAAUAUUGGUCUGGAGGUUGACGGUAGCAUCGAAAAUCGAGGUACAAUUCGACUCGCUGAUGGAUCCACAGCUACAAUCAGCGGCAUUGUACGAGAUGUCGAAUGGAGAGUGGGCGGUACGACAGUGCAAUGCAACUUUUACGUGCUUGAAAAUAUGUGCGUGGACAUUAUUGUGAGCAACAACUAUCUGUUCGAAAUGAAUAUAUUCUCGGAGCAAGAGGAACACUUCUUCGACAUACACUCCGAAGAUGAUCCUACGGACUACCGACUCUAUUUUUGUAUUCUCAGUUUGGAUAAGAAGAAGGACGGGGCCUCUUCUAAAGACUGUAUCUUGACCUUACAAGAACUAAAAGAAUUGGAAAAACAAGAAGAACUUUAUAGAAGAGAUAAAACUCGCGACGAAAUACUGCAACUACCGGAAGAACACCGAGAAGCAGCUAUUCGGGCCGAAAAAGCGCGGCAGCAGCUUUGGGAAGCACAGAAGCCAGAGAGGGAAGCCAAAUGGAUAACCGAAUUGCACAUGGCCACAGCGAACGUCCAAAAUAGUAUCAGUCGAGGGGGUCGAUGGAAAAAACGAGUCUCCAUGAUUUUUUCGACAAAGGGUGCAGGUUGA